ACGAAUUAAGGUGGCGUAUUCUUCGAUGUUAGCGAAGCGGAAAAAGGUUGGAAGAUCGCAAAAGUGCCAAAACAAAGAUUUUGGACAAUUAAUUCUUUUUUUUGAGGAGAGAUGGGGCCUCGAAGGCCAUUCUUGGCACUGUUUGCCCUAACUUUUCUCCUUGUACAAGCGACGAGCGAAGAAACUAAAAAGAAAGGACAGAAAAUUAAAUUAAAAAAUGGUGGUAAUGACAUAGCAAAGAAGUUUAGUAUAGCCACACCAUCUAUUGACGGUGGCGCAGUACAAGAGACGGGAAGGACGAGGAUGUUGGCGCCAGGAUUUUACUCACAAGAAUGCAACGCUCACAAGAAAUGCGAAGCAGGUAAAUAUUGUCACAUGUUCCUAUGCGUGCACUGUUUGAAAGAGAACGUGGCGUGUACGCAGAACGGUCAGUGCUGUAAAGGACAGUGUGUAUACGGACGAUGUAAGAAAGAAGGUGCCAAUGGAAAACCGGGAACGUUUUGUGAUAGACACGAGGAUUGCACGGAUCCUGCAGGGACGUGUUGUGUAAGAGAACCAGCCAUAAACCCUCACAUUUCAAUAUGUAAGCCUCCACUAAAGAAAAACAUGGUAUGUGGGCCCAUCAACUUCUUCAGAACAGUCUAUGUCGGUGCGGAAGUGCAGACGGCGUGCGGACCUUGCGAGAAGAACCUCAUCUGCAAACAAGUCGGAAUCUUUGGAGUUCAUGAAAUAUGCGUCGAUCCGAAGACAGAUUAAUGGGAAGACAUUUGAAAGUCUAGAGACCAAAUAUUAGCAUAUUAUGCACGCGCGCGUAUGAAUGCAUAAUAAAUGCAAUAAUCUUGAUCACAUACGAUCAUAUGCGAAAUGACAUCUUCAUAAGUGAAGAAGUGUACUGUAUAUAAAAAUAUUCAAACGUUUUAAGAAAAAUCUGACAAGAUAAGGCAAGGUUAUGUCAAGAUAAACAGUUUAACCAUAUUUCUAGAUUAGUAAUAUAAAAAGGCUUUUCUUAUCAUGGUGGAUAAUUCUGCAUUUGUUGAAAGACUAUAUGAUCUGAUCAACUUCGUUUUUUACCUUUGCAUUCAGGGAACGAUUUUUACGACCUAUAUGUAAUUCCUUACUGCACGUAGUUUUAACUGCGAGAAGAUGAGGACUUUGCAUGCAUGUAUAUCAAUUAAUUC